GUUAGAUGUCUGUGUCGGCAAGGACUUAACUUCGCCUUGAGAGGCAUGGCCUCUGUGCUCGACUACUGGGAGGCCAUCUCUAGACCCUUCCAAUGUCAUUCCUGAUAGGACUGUUUUUGUUUGGACCGAGGGCCUCAGGCCAGCCAGCCAGGAACAAUGUGACUUGGGUCGAGAGCUUUGGCUCAUGCAGCACCAGUGUGACCUCUGUGGGGCUGGAGACUGGACUCCGCCCCCUGGGGGGUCAUCAUGAGUCGUGGUGGAACCCCAGUAAAGACUUUGCCAACUAAAGGCUUGGUGAAAGGCAAAGAACAAGACAAGCCCUCCGAUGUCAAGUCCAUCAAAGCUUCAAUAUCUGUACAUUCCCCACAAAAAAGCACUAAAAAUCAUGCCUUGCUGGAGGCUGCAGGACCAAGUCAUGUCGCAAUCAAUGCCAUUUCUGCCAACAUGGACUCCUUUUCAAGUAGCAGGACAGCGACACUUAAGAAGCAGCCAAGCCACAUGGAAGCUGCUCAUUUUGGCGACCUGGGUAGAUCUUGUCUGGACUACCAGACUCAAGAGACCAAAUCCAGUCUUUCAAAGACCCUUGAACAAGUUUUGCACGACACCGUUGUCCUUCCUUAUUUCAUUCAGUUCAUGGAACUUCGGAGAAUGGAGCAUUUGGUUAAAUUUUGGCUAGAGGCUGAAAGUUUUCACUCUACAACUUGGUCCCGAAUAAGAGCACACAGUCUGAACACAGUGAAGCAGAGCUCACUGGCCGAGCCUGUCUCUCCAUCUAAAAAGCAUGAACCUUCAGCAUCUUUUAUAACUGAGUCUCUUGACAGGAGAUUGGAAGAUGCGGGCUCAGCCCAGUUGUUGAUGACUCAGUCAGACAGAACUGACCUGAACAACAGAACUAACAGCACUCGGAAUCACUUGCUGCUUCCCCAGGACUGUGACAGUGCUCAUUCUCUCCCUCUUGAAAUGGCCAGAGCAGGAACUCACCCAGCUUCCGUGGAAAUCCAAGAAUCUUCCUCCAGACUUAUAGUAGCCAGUAGAAAUAACCCCUCUUCUCCACUAAAAGAGUUAUCAGGAAAACUAAUGAAAAGUAUAGAACAAGAUGCAGUGAAUACUUUUACCAAAUAUAUAUCUCCAGAUGCUGCUAAACCAAUACCAAUUACAGAAGCAAUGAGAAAUGACAUCAUAGCAAAGAUUUGUGGAGAAGAUGGACAGGUGGAUCCCAACUGUUUUGUUUUGGCACAGUCAGUAGUUUUCAGUGCAAUGGAGCAAGAGCACUUUAGUGAGUUUCUGCGAAGUCACCAUUUCUGUAAAUACCAGAUUGAAGUGCUGACCAGCGGAACUGUUUACCUGGCUGACAUCCUCUUCUGUGAGUCAGCCCUCUUUUAUUUCUCAGAGUACAUGGAAAAAGAGGACGCAGUGAAUAUCUUGCAGUUCUGGUUGGCAGCAGAUAACUUCCAGUCCCAGCUCGCUGCCAAAAAGGGCCAAUAUGAUGGACAGGAGGCACAGAACGAUGCCAUGAUUUUAUAUGACAAGUACUUUUCUCUCCAAGCCACACAUCCUCUUGGAUUUGACGAUGUUGUACGAUUAGAAAUUGAGUCCAAUAUCUGCAGGGAAGGUGGGCCCCUCCCUAACUGUUUCACAACUCCCUUACGUCAGGCCUGGACAACCAUGGAGAAGGUCUUUUUGCCUGGCUUUUUGUCCAGCAAUCUUUAUUAUAAGUAUUUAAAUGAUCUCAUCCAUUCAGUCCGAGGAGAUGAGUUUCUGGGAGGGAAUGUUUCCCUGCCUGCUCCGGGCUCCAUUGGACCUCCUGAAGAGGGCCUCCCUCGCGGUGCUGACAGCUCCACUUCUCAGUCCGGUGUGAAAAAAGCCAGUAUUAAAAUUCUGAAAAAUUUUGAUGAAGCGAUAAUUGUUGAUGCUGCAAGUCUGGAUCCAGAAUCUUUAUAUCAACGGACAUAUGCAGGGAAGAUGACAUUUGGAAGAGUCAGUGACUUAGGACAGUUCAUCCGAGAAUCUGAGCCGGAACCUGAUGUAAAGAAAUCCAAAGGAUCCAUGUUUUCACAAGCUAUGAAGAAAUGGGUACAAGGAAGUACUGAUGAGGCGCAAGAAGAGCUAGCCUGGAAGAUUGCUAAGAUGAUAGUCAGUGAUGUUAUGCAGCAGGCGCAAUAUGACCAACCCUUAGAGAAAUGUACAAAGCUAUGACACAACACCUGAGUUUAAGGAAAUCUGCUUUUGAAAAAGGAGAGAACUCUUUUCCUUUGGUUGGAUUCUACAGCACAGCCAAUGAAGACAGAGCACUGUAUUUCUUCUCAUUGAUCUAUCACUGUCAUUUCCGAGAAAGAACGGGAGACAAUCCUAGACUUACAGAGGACAUGUAGACAUAACCGAUAUUCGUGAUGUUCACACAGUGAAAAUCAUAACGAUACAAAGUGGUAUUGUUUACAUUACUAGAAAAUGAUUUGUUUUCCAAUGGCAAUAACCCACUGAGGAGAGAGUCGGAGCCCACUGGGCAGACAGGGGCCACAUCCUGUGGGAGGCAGAGAGGGUCACGCUGAUUGGUGCACAUUCUGGUCGCAGUAAUCCAUCCCUAACAGCAUCAUAAAGCAGGUGCCAGAGACUCUUGGCCCUGUCCUCCUGAGACAGACAGGUGGGAUCUAGUCCACGUCACUGCGAGCGCGGCAGCUCGGGGCGGUGGUGGUGCUCUCAGCUCCUUUGACCGCGGUGGAGUAGGGCAAGGGUCCGUCUUCCUUCACGGAGGCAUUGCCUUUGAAGGAGCUGACAGGUCCUGGGUCAAGCCUCGGUGACUUUGAUGGCAAUAUACAAUUAUUGCAUUGUAAUU